GCGGAACAGUCGCGUGCACCGCUAGUGUGACUGCCUGGGUUUCAGUCAGGAAAAAAGACGAGAACUUGACUUGUUAGUUUGGAUGCAAAUUUGAAAUAACUGACAGAAAAGCGUACACGGGAUGUGAUUUAAGGAAUUACAAGUGCAAACUGCAAGAAAUCAUCAUGAAAAAUGAUAAAGACGGGAAAAACAUGCGACGCGUGACUGUUAAUCGCUUUGCUGAAGAGGCUCCCUCCUCAGGGAUGGCUAAGAAUGGAUACUUUUAUCAAGAGAUGGAGCAGAGGGAGAGAGAGGAGCCGGAGGACGGGAGCGAGGAACGUGAGGAGGGCCAGGACUCUCCCAUCCCAUCAGGAGAUGACAUUCAUCUCUACGGCACCCAGACACACCAAGGAGGGACAGAACCUGAUGUCCACGGCUGUGUUCUACUCAACACGUCUAGAAGGUACGUAAAGCUGAUGAACUUUGAAGAGGAGGUGCGGGCUCACAGGGAUCUGGAUGGCUUUCUGGAGAGGGCCUGCAUUCUGUUGCAUGAGGACGAGUCCUCUCUGGACGACGUGUUAAAGACGAUGCUCCGCCACGUCUCGCAGGAUCCUCACACUGCUGAACCCGCCUGCAACUUCGAGGAGAUCAUGAGCUCACUUUUCACAGAUGCUGGGUCGCAGGAGGUCAAUGACAGGUCGCCAAAUUUCAUUUUCUAUGACGACGUGCAUUUGUUGUCAGAGACGCUGCAGUGUGUGACGGCCACAGCCACAGGGAUUCAGUACCAGCAGUCCUGGCUUUGCAUACUCUGUAAUGUGAAGAACCUGCAAAGGCGGCACGUGUGCAUCUCUCGCCUGGAUCGUCCACAGAACUGGGGGGAAAAUUGCGCUGAAGUCCGUUAUGUUAUCCUCAUUCUGGCACCUUCUAAAAUGAAAAGCACUAAGACGGCGAUGGAGCUGGGCAGGACGUUCGCCAGCAUGUUCUCAGAUAUCUCCUUCAGACAAAAGCUGCUAGAGAGUAAGACUCAGGAGGAGUUUAAGGAGGCGCUGGUCAUCCAGAGGCACCACCUGACCGCCACCAAGCGUAAAGCUACGGCUGUGGAGGGCGAAGAGACAGACCCACACAGCCAAAAACCACUGAAGUCUGCAGAAUCUGUGUUCUCUCAUCUUCUGUCUCUCUCUCUGCUGUGCAGGGAGCCCUGUUGUAGAGAUUUCUUCAAAGUGGGCAGAGGAAUCUAUGAGGAUCUGUGUCGUCGCCUGCCUCUCUACCCAUCUGACUUCACUGAUGGACUAGUGGGUAAUAAUAAAGCCCUGGUGAAAUUCAUGACGACGUCCAUCUUUCUCUACAUUGCCGUGCUGCUUCCUGCAAUCGCCUUCGGCUCGCUCAAUGACGAGAGCACUCGUGGAGAGAUCGAUGUUCAGAAGACGAUCGUUGGACAGAGUAUAGGUGGAAUCAUCUACUCACUGUGUGCCGGUUCACCUCUGGUCAUUCCCUUGACCACAGCACCCAUCGCUAUUUUCAUCAGUGUGAUUAGGGGGAUCUGCGAUGAUUACGAGUUGGACUUUGCAGCGUUUUACGCAUGCAUCGGCCUAUGGAACAGCCUCUUUCUCAUCAUGGGAGGAGUCUUCAACCUCAGCCUGCUUGUGAAACUCUUUAAGAGGUCGAUAGAGGAGGUGAUAGCUUUGUUCAUUUCCAUUGCUUUUGUAGCAGAUGCAGUAAAGGGCACUGUCAAGAUUUUUCACGAGUACUACCACGCUCCCACCGUAGCCAAUGGGACUGCAGCAGAGUUGAGUCGCAUCAGUGAAAGUAUACAGUUAGGGGACCAAAACCUGACGGAGACCGUGCCGGCGUCCCUCCCAGAAUCCUUUAUUUUGUGCACACGCGCACGGCCACUUCUCUUUCUUCUCCUUAUGCUGGGUACACUGUGGGUGGGAUACACUCUCUACCAGUUCAGGAGGAGUCCGUUUCUGCAUGUGAAGAUGAGAGAGAUUUUGUCCGACUGUGCUCUGCCUAUCUCGGUGCUUGUCUUCUCUUAUGUGGGAUCAUACGUUUUCAACGACAUUGCCUUGCCGGUGUUUAACUUCCAUAGAGGUCCGGUGUUUCGAGUCGCCCCAUUCGAUAAGCUGUCCGGAGCGAGUGUCCUGAGCGCUAUGGGUCUGGGCUUCCUUCUGUUCCUCCUCAUCUUUAUUGACCAGAACAUCGUUGUGUCUCUCACAAACGCACCAGAGAACAGGUUACUGAAGGGCACAGCGUAUCACUGGGACCUGACACUGUCUGGCUUGAUUAAUAUUUUGAUGUCUGUGCUGGGAUUGCCGUGGAUGCACGCGGCGUUCCCUCACUCCACGCUGCACGUCAGACAGCUGGCCAUCGUGGAGGAGAGAGUCGAAGGAGGACACCUUUAUGAGACUAUAGUGAGUGUGAAGGAGACGCGGGUGACCUCGCUCGUGGCUAACAUUCUGAUAGGUGUGAGUGUAUUUCUGCUGCCGGUGCCCCUGCAGUGGAUUCCUAAGCCUGUGCUGUACGGGCUUUUCCUCUACAUCGCUCUCACCUCCAUCGAUGGCAAUCAAAUGUGCGACCGCAUGGCUCUGCUACUCAAAGAACAAACGUCCUAUCCACCCACUCACUACAUCCGCAAGGUGCCGCAGAGGAAAAUCCAUUAUUUCACUUUCCUUCAAAUGGUGCAGCUGAUUUUCCUGUGUACGUUUGGGAUGUACCCUCUACCGUAUAUGAAGAUGAUCUUUCCUCUGCUAAUGUUUAUCCUGAUACCCAUCAGGAACUGUCUACUGCCCAGGAUCAUUGAGGCUAAGUACCUGGACAUUAUGGAUGCACAGCGCAUGUGAACGCAUGCACACUAGCCUCUGAGCAAAGGACUCUGGGAAUUGUAUUUCUGAAAUGCAAAACUCUGGGAGGAAAACCAACUGAUUCUGGUGUUUAACAGCAGGCGUUCUGGUAAAGCACUGAAAGAGUAAGUGAAAGUGAGAACUUAAAAAAGAAGGAUAUUUGAAAGAGAGAGAGAGAAAGAGAGAGAGAGAGAGAGAUAAAGAGGGGAAACAAAAGCCUGUUCACAGAGUAGAAAGACAGACCGCCGUCUGACUGUUUGACUAAUAAACUUGGUCAGUCGCUGCUUCUGUCAUGAUCUGAAUUCUACACCAAAGUCCCCCUUUCUCUCUCUCUGGUCUAUUCUGAUGUAACCAUGCAUCACAAUAUGGAUAAAACACUCGUGUGUAUGAGACACCAUCACACAUCCUUUCGAAAAAAAUUUCAUAACAAAAUUACACGAGUGUUUGCUCCAUCUCUGAGCAUACAGUAUUGUGUUUUUGGCACAAACACAACUGGUUUUUCAACAUAAGACUGAAGUUUAUCUUCAGAGUCUGAAAUUUAUCUGUAGCAAUACCUCUUAAUGCUGAAUCUAAACACAUGCACACACAAACAAUCAAUCACUCACCACCUCUCAUACAUCAAGUUAUAAAGCUGUUUAUUAUACAUUUUCCAGUGCAGUUUGGUACAUAUCAGUAAUAAAGAAGUGAACAUGGACCAAAAGAAUACUCUCACCUUAUUAGGAAACUGUCUCUCAUAGCAAUACAGUGAAUUAUUAGAGGCUAUCAAUAUAUUUUGAGGUUUGGAUACCCACUGAUGUGUCGAGAAUGUAUCAUAAGCGCUGGUGUUUCAGGGAAAUGGAGAAAAAUAAACAGACCUUACUCACUGCUGAAUGACAUUUAAGCUUUGCACAUCACAGGACACCACAACUGUGUACCUUGCCCAGUCACACACACACAGGCAUGAAAAUAAACCCGAACACACGUAAGAAAUGCACUUACAUGCACACGUGCAGUAUUGUGACCGUCCAUUACAAUAUAUUCGAAAACAAAGAAGGCAUGCCUUUUAUAAGACAUCAGAACUAUUUGAUUUGUAUUACUAUUAUGUCAUUUGUUAUGUUAUUAUUAAAAGCAACUAGGUCAGAGUAAGUUAAAGUACCGUUAUAUCCCUUCAUUAUAGCCGUUUUCGAAUGUUUCUGAAUAAGAGCCUCUCGAGGGGGAGGCCGUGGCUACGCAAAUAGAAUUGGAGCUUAGAGAAAGAGAUAGAAAGAAAAAGGGGAAGGGUAAAUGUUGAAAGAAGAUAUAAAUGUAAACGCACAAAUAAAAAAGACGAGGUUGGAUAAAUCGUGUGAGCACCUGUGCACUUAAUCAUAGGCAAUAUAAGAUUAAAGAAAGCUGAUAGUUAGAUUGAACUGAUAUUUGUCACGAAAAGAGAGAGAGAGAGAGAGAGAGAUAGAUAAAAAGCACUAUUGGAAAAGUUCAUUUUCUCAUUUGCAUUAUAAGCAUAUAAAUUUUUCUCUUUAUCUUCCCUGUAACAGUAUCGUAAUUAUUCUCCUCGAAUCCUGACCUUUAGUGUAAAAACAACCUUGUUUCAGUAAUCCUAUUUGUCAUUGGACAUCUCUCAGUAUUUACUGUAAUAUUGAAGUAUUCAAUUUUUAUUUGUGAUCGCUCACACCUGGGUGAGAUAUAUUGACAAGUUAUGUUCUGUGCUGUUUAAUUAUUGUUUUGGAGUUUUUAUUUUCUAAUCAUGAAUGUAUAAUGUGUAGAUUUUUAUAUAGCAUAUAUAUAUAAAUAUAUAUAUAUAAAAACAUUGUCAAAUUGAUUUUGUCUAACAGAUAAGCUAAAUUUGUAAACUGCAAUAUGUAAAAACUAAGGUAAAUAAGAGAGAUGUUUAUUGGAAGGAUUGUGUGGGUUUAAUAGGGGUAUGCUAUACACUGAAAUCUAGGUCAUUUCAAGCUGAUUGCCAAAUAAAGAGAUAUAUUGAUACC